CAGAAACACACUUGGAUGGACGGAUAGACAGAGACAGAUGGACAGAUAGACAACAGAUAGAUAGACAACUGGGAAUACAGACAAACGGUUAGAUAGAUGCAGUUUCUGGUAAAUAGACACAAUUGGAGAUAUAGACAGACAGAUGAGUAUACGGUUUAAGGGAUGUUCAAUAAAGAGAUGAUGGAUGGAUGAUUUUAAUCCCACGAGUGAAGUAUCAGACGCGCGUCCGCCUUUGACCGAAGGGUGUCGCUGUGGCUCUGUACAAGGUGCAUCAGCACCGCUCCCUGCCUCCGUUUCAUUCCCGUGAGAAAUGACUUUCAGCUCCAGUGUCCGUGACUCCGUCUGUCUGUCUGUCUGUCUGUCAUCCACGUGUUGCGCUUCGCGUCUCGCGUCCCGGCGGCUGAUUCACCGGGAAGUUUCGAUGCUCCGGGAAUAACAGCGCCAAACAGAGCCCCGACAGGAGCCGCGAGCGGACCGGACUUUUCCAUGUCUGACGCGCGUUGACCGACCGCAGACCGUGCCGAAGUGUUUCUGAAGAGAGCGACGGAACGCGGUAAACUGCGGAAGCAGGUGAGGGGGUGCCAUGCCAGCUGCUGCUCCCCUGUUGCUGCUCCUCGCCAUCUUGUGGUGGCCUUUGGUACUGCCUCUGGCCCCCGGUCAUCUUCAGAGCCCCCCUACAUUCAUCACUCUUAAUGGCUCCCGCCUCAAUCACCUCCUGCUCGACACCCAUUCGGGCCACGUCUACGUCGGGGCAGUAAAUGUGCUCUAUCACCUCUCCCCAGACUUGCAGCUGCUCUCCUGGGGCAAAACGGGGCCUAAACUGGACAGCCCGGACUGCUUACCCCCUAUUGACCCCACCGAUUGCACUCAAGCGGAAACCACGGACAACACCAACAAGCUUCUUCUGCUGGAAGAGAAAGAAAGGGAACCGCUCAGCCUGAUCGUGUGUGGGACCGUCCUGCAGGGAAUCUGCGAGAAGCGAAGCUUGGAGAACGUCUCUCAGGUUCUAUACAAGACCGAUAACCCCGUGGACACUCAGUAUGUGGCAGCAAAUGACCCUAGAGUGUCCACGGUUGGCGUGGUGGUGGAGCAGAAAGGUGUUCUGCUCAUGCUUGUUGGGCGGGGCUACACCAGUAAAGGACCUGGUGGGAUCCCGCCAAUCACAAUGCGACGCUUAACCUCAGUCGCCCGGCACUCUGCGCCAGCAUUUUCCCAUGAAGAACUUGGUAAACUGGUUGUCGGUAGCUACUCCGAAUACAACAACCACUUUGUGAAGGCUUUCCCCCACAACAACUAUGUCUAUUUUGUGUUCUCUCGGCGCGAUGUGUGGGGCAAACGAGAAUAUCGGACGUAUGUUUCAAGACUCUGUGCAGGAGACCCCAAUUUCUACUCUUAUGUUGAGGUGCCGCUUUCCUGCGGUGGAGGAUACAAUCUGGCACAGGCAGCUGUACUUGGCUAUCACCGUGAACAACCCACGCUGUUUGUGGCUAUGGCCAUGGGGCAGGCGUCAACUCCCACGCCCACAGACCGGUCGGCUCUUUGUGUGUACAAGGUGGAGGAGCUGGAUAAAGCCCUGCAUGGCGCCCAGCUACUGUGUUAUACACAGGAGGGCAAAGAUGCCAACAACAAGGAGAAGGCGUAUAUAGAAUACGAAGUAUCCUCAAAUUGUCUGAAGCUCCCGCAGGACUCUCUGAAUGAGUACCCAUGUGGAGGUGAACACACACCCAGUCCUAUCGCCAGCGCCAUUGCUCUCGAGGCCACGCCCGCUUUCACCUGGACUCCUCCCAUCACCGCUGUCACAACAGCAACUGAAGUUGGCCACACCAUAGUGCUGCUAGGAGACAAAAAUGGAAGACUGCACAAGGUGUUCUUGCAUGCAAAUGGUACCGGUACCAAAUAUGACACAGUGGAGGUGGAUGCUGAGAGUCCCAUUAACGCUGACCUGCUGUUGGACUCCACCAAACAGAACGUCUACGUAUUAACCGAAAGAAAGGUUACAAAGCUCCAUGUCGCUCAGUGUGAGAAGCAUUUAGACUGCCACUCCUGUCUGUCUAAUAGAGAUCCCUACUGCGGCUGGUGUUCGCUGGAGGGCAGAUGCACAAGGAAGAUGGACUGUGCACGGCACGCUCAGCCUCACCACUGGAUCUGGAGCUACAGCCGCGAGCGACAGUGUGUGUCCAUAGAGAGUCUACACCCCUCCAUUCAGAGCAGAGAAGAGCAGACGCAGGUCUCUUUCACAGUUCUACAGUUGCCGGUCUUGUCAAAGGAUGAGUCUCUAUCUUGCGCUUUUGGGAGUUUGGCUGCUCAGCCUGCGGUUGUCAUGGAGAACAGAAUCACAUGUCAAUCACCGGCUCCAGAGCAGCUCCCCUCGAGUCCGCCAGGCAACGAUCACGUGUCCGUUCGAAUGGCGCUGAAGUUUGGAGAGGUGACCAUCUCGCAUACGAAUAUCACUUUUUACGAUUGUAAAGCAGUCGGACGGCUCAACGCAACCUCACCGUGCAUGGCGUGUGUUAGCAGUAUGUGGCCGUGUCAUUGGUGUGUGAAGGAUGAGCUCUGCAGUCAUGAUAAGAGCUGCCCUCGUCAGAACGUCAUCUAUAACAGCAGGGAGCAGUCCUCACCCCGCGGGCCAGACUCUUGCCCCUGCGUCUGGGCCCUGCAGAGCUCCCCUCUGGUUCCUGUUGGCUUUGACACCGAGCUCUCCCUGCAGGGCAAAAACCUGGACAUAUUUGAGGAUGAGGAAGAUUAUGCUUGCGUGCUGGUCAUCGAAGGCCAGGAGCUGCGCUUGCCAGCCAUCUUGGAUCGCAGCAAAGAGACGGGGACGCAUGUGUUCAAGUGUGCCGCUCAUCAGUUUCGUUACUCAGGAAAGCAGUUUGAAUAUUUCGCUCCUGUAUAUCUGCAAUGGGGGACGCAGCGCAUAGAUUCAGCACCACAUCUCCGCUUGCAGCUGUACGACUGCUCAGUGGGACAGUCCGACUGCAGCCAGUGUCGCGCGGUUGCGGCCAAUUACGGAUGUGUGUGGUGUGCCGACGAAACCCCCGGCUGUGUGUAUAACCAGUCCUGCACCAGCGGAACCAUGGACACCUGUCCUCCUCCUCUAAUUACUGAGGUUGAGCCGCUGACUGGGCCACUGGAGGGCGGCAUCCUGCUGACUAUCCAGGGAUCGAAUCUGGGCCAGAGCUUCCAGGACAUCGAGGCAGGAGUGACCGUGGCAGGGGUGACCUGCACCCCUCUGCCCGAGGCCUAUCGUAUUUCCACCAGUAUUGUGUGUGAGCUCCAAGCCAGCGCAAAUGUCACAGCCGGACCGGUCGUCAUCACCGUCAGAGGUUCAGAGAAAGGAGAGUCCCAGCAGACGUUCUCAUAUCAGAAUCCACAGCUGAGCCGAAUUGUGCCGGAAAAAGGGCCUUUAGCUGGGGGCACGAUGCUAACGGUCCAUGGGUCGCAGCUCCUGACGGGACAACGAACUGAACAAAGGAGCGACCAAAUCGCUGGCCUGCAGGCCUUCUUGGGCUCAAAGCCCUGUCGCAUCCAUGAAGUGAGUGACACACGGCUGAUUUGUCGCACCAGUCACUCCAACCAAACUGGAAGAGUGCCAGUCAAAGUAGUGUUUGGAAAAGCAGAGAGGAUUUUGGAUAAGGUUCUCUUCAGCUAUAUGGAAGACCCAGUGAUUACCGAUGCAACUCCUACGGAGAGUUUCUAUGGGGGUGGGCGUCUUAUAUACGUGACGGGCCAAAACCUGAAUGUCGUUCAGCAGCCGAAGAUGUCAGUCUCUUAUGAGCCUAGAGAGAGGACAGAAGUCAGAAGACGUCGACACACCCACGUUUCUAUCAGGAAUCCCUUGGUUAUGAUUCAGGAGUUGUGCACCAAUGUGACCUCGGAGAGGAUGAUUUGCAAGAGCCCAGCGGUGGAGCCGAAAUCCAGGAUAGUGCGAGUGUGGUUCGAGAUGGACAACGUGCACAUCGACUUUCCUACCAUAAAGAACAAGCCAUUCACGUAUCACCCAAACCCAGACUUAUUCCAACUCAACAGUGAGUCGCGAGGAACUCCCAUCCGAUUCAAACCUGGAGGAGUCCUGGCCGUAGAGGGUAAGGGACUGACAGUGGCUAUGAGCCGAGAGGAAGUUGUGGCCCGGCUAGGAGACAAGGAGUGUGACGUCAAGACUCUAGAUAACACACACCUGUACUGCGAACCACCUGAGGAACAGCCUUUAGCCCUGGAGGACACUGACUUACCCAGACUGAAGGUGUUAAUGGGAAGCCUGGCGUUUGACUUGGGUCUAGUGCAGUAUGACAGUGAUUUACACUCCUCGGUGCCUCUGGCAGCUCAGAUCGGCCUGGCAGCGGGGGCCGCGGUGGUCGUUCUCAUCGUGCUGGUUAUAAUUCUCAUGUACAGGCGGAAGAGUAAACAAGCUCUGAGAGACUAUAAAAAGGUUCUGGUGCAGCUGGAGACGUUGGAGAUAAAUGUAGGAGACCAGUGCAGGAAAGAGUUCACUGAUCUGAUGACGGAGAUGAUGGAUUUGAGCAGUGACGUUGGUGGUCCUGGCAUCCCCUUUCUGGAUUACCGCACAUACGCGGAGCGUGUUUUCUUCCCCGGCCAGAAGGGUGCGCCUCUGAGUCAGAAUCUGGAUUUGCCUGAUUCUCGCAGACAGACGGUGGAGCAGGGCCUGGGUCAGCUUAACAACCUGCUCAACAACAGACUCUUCCUUAUACGGUUCAUUCAUACUCUGGAGGCGCAGCAGAGUUUCUCGCAGAGGGACAGGGGCUACGUCGCGUCUCUUCUAACGAUGGCCCUUCAUGAUAAGCUGGAAUACUUCACGGACGUCAUGAAGACACUGCUGGGGGAUCUAGUGCAGCAAUACGUGGCCAAAAAUCCCAAACUUAUGCUGCGCAGGACAGAGACCGUUGUGGAGAAGAUGCUGACCAACUGGAUGUCCAUCUGUCUCUACUCUUUUCUUAAGGAGGUUGCUGGCGAGCCUCUCUACAAGUUGUACAGGGCUAUUAAAUACCAGGUAGAUAAAGGACCGGUGGAUGUAGUGACGGGGAAAGCCAAACGCACUCUCAACGACAGCCACCUGCUCAGAGAGGACAUUGACUACUGCUCAGUGACUCUGACUGUGUUGGUGAAGAGCGGUGUGGAGGUCCAGCCCUGUCCUGUUAAAGUUCUGGACUCUGACACCAUCACUCAGGUUAAAGAUAAAAUCCUGGACCAGAUUUAUAAAGGAGCACCUUACUCCCAAAGACCAGCCGCGGACUCACUGGACCUCGAGUGGCGCUCAGGCCAGGCGGGUCACCUGACUCUUUCUGAUGACGACGUCACAGCCAUCGUUCAGGGUCGCUGGAAACGGAUCAACACCUUACAGCACUACAAGGUUCCUGAUGGGGCCACUGUGGCUCUCAUCCCUCGUUCCCAGAGUUCUCUUGGAGUAAAUCAGUUCUAUCAGACUGGAGAGAAAACUCCCAUGCUGGAGGGAGAGGAGGAGGAAGGUCUUCGUCUAUGGCAUCUGGUGAAGCCGAGCGAGGACCCUGAGAUCCCUAAACACAGGAAGAGCAGCAUGAGAGAGAGGGAGAGGGCAAAAGCCAUUCCUGAGAUCUACCUUACACGUCUGCUUUCUAUGAAGGGCACUCUGCAGAAGUUUGUAGAUGAUGUCUUUGUAGCCAUACUCAGUACCAAACGGCCUCCACCCAUCGCUGUCAGAUUCUUCUUUGACUUCCUGGAUGACAUGGCAGAAAAACACGGGAUUGACGACCCAGAGACCGUUCACAUAUGGAAAACAAAUAGUUUGCCUUUGCGUUUCUGGGUCAACAUCUUGAAGAAUCCUCAGUUCGUCUUCGACGUGCAGGUGACGGAUAGCGUGGAUGCCGUCCUCUCCGUUAUUGCACAGACCUUCAUUGAUUCCUGCACUACAUCCGAGCACAAAGUGGGCCGGGAUUCUCCAGUGAAUAAGCUGUUGUAUGCCCGAGAAAUCCCACGAUACAAGCAGCUGGUGGAGAGGUACUACAGUGAUAUUCAUAACGCAGUGUCUGGCUGCUACCAGGAAAUGAAUUCAACCCUCACAGAGCUGUCAGGGAGCUUUGCAUCCGAGAUGAACAGUUUGGUGGCGUUGCAUGAGCUAUACAAGUACAUCAACAAAUACUACGAUCAGAUUAUCAUGUCUCUGGAAGAAGACGCUGCGGGUCAGAAGAUGCAGCUGGCAUAUCGGCUUCAGCAGGUCGCCGCCCUGGUCGAGAAUAAAGUCACAGACCUUUAGGCUUUGACCUUUCGCCUUGUCGUCUACGCUCACCAAUAAUCACGUCUUAUCUCGCGUGAUCGGCCGAAGAAACGCGACCACUGCGCCAAACACCCGUGUGCUUCCACAACCGUUCGCUUAAACUACCUGCAUAUUAUUGACAAAAGAGAACCGAAAAGGAAGUAAUGAUCACUUUCUACUGAUAAAACCUUAAUGGGAAUUUUAUUGGAGAAGGAUUGCUUUUCAGGCUGAGGCUCUGAACGAUUCACAGGAGUAUUGACUACGAAAAGUGUGUGUGUGUGUGUGCGCAUGGUUAAUUGUGUUUGUCUGAAAGGCUCUGUUGUGUAUAUAUGAAGUUUACCUAAUUCAAGACUAUUUUAAUGACACUACUGAAGCAGCUCUCACAUUUCGUGACAUGCUGAGACACAUUUUAUACCAUUUCUAUUUCUGUUCAAGCGAUCGCAUCCACUGUAUGGAGUUUCAUGAACUGAUUCAGCGAAUCAAAUCCCACUUUUACUUCAGCUGGAGUAUUUCGUUCCGGGUUUAGUGAAGUUCUACCCCUCCGCAAUCGAAGCCCAAACUCACAGACUGUCCUUGGCCGUGUGGUGUUAACUUUUUUUUUUUUUUACUAACAUUAGUAUUGCAGAUCAAAACAAGUAUUGAGCUUUUGCAGGGGCUGUAGAGUACGUCUAUGCACACAAGUGCCAUAACAAGUUAUAAGAGCACAAUAUUCGUGUGCACGUUAUUGUGUAGCUUUAGGUGUGCAUGCAACAAAAAAAAAAGACAAUGUGACAGUUUUCAGGUUUUCCGCUGUUGUUAGCAUCUCAAAUAUUAGUAUCAUCUGAAUUCGGUUUGUAGUACUCGACUUCACCAAAUCAGAUUUCUGAUAGAUCCCUAUAAAAUAUGGGUCUGGGUCACAUUUCACUUCCAAAUCAACAGAAUGCACAGUAUACCUUAUUCGUAAACGCCAAUGUAUACGAUUGGGGUUUUUUUUCUUCCUUUUAUCGGGAAUAGGUUGUUGCAUUGCUUCUUAAACCUCACCGAGAUGUUUCACACUGCAAUUCAAAUGUCAUUUUUGAAAUCGUAAGAUUCGCUCACGCUUACAGUAGACGGGAUCGAUUUGCUUACGCCCUGCUUUGUAUUUGAUAGCACAAGCGAGAACGAUUCAAGAUUCAAUCUCAAGCGCUUCAAAUCUCGAAUGAAAAAGCGACGCAGCUGGGUUGGCCGCUCUCUCGGGAGGUAUUGACACAAAACUGGGACAGUUUGGGUCACUGGUUUUGGAGUUGGCAAAUGCAGAAUGGCAUCUUUAUUCACUAGGUCCCCACGAUUAGAAAAGCAGCAGUCGGAUUGAAAGUUGUGUACAUCAGACACUGAAUAGAAACUAACUUAUUAUAUUGUAAAUAAUGCUUAUUUAUACAUGACCGCCAAUGUGCCUUCUUUGUUACUUUUUAUAACGUCUACCGAUUUAAGUAAACAUGCUUGACAUUACUUGCCAAAUGGAGGAAAAGAUGAACUGUGGCACAACUGUUGCCUGUUGUGAGGAUCAUACUGGGCUUUUAGUCUCAGGAUUACAGCCGUCGAUCUCAAUGGAUUCAGUAUAAAUCCAUGUUUUAGCUCAAUCAUUUCUAGUUUGCCCCUUCGGCUCAUUUCCUUUUCAAUCAAAUUUUUUUGCUCAUUUUUUUAAACGGUCAUGAUUCGUUUUUCCGCCUGAAGCGCUUUGCGUUCACCCACGCCGUCUAAUUAUUAUGUUUUUUUUUUUUUUUGUAGUUUGAUCAUGAAGUUGACGUCAUGCGCUUUAACUCCAUCCUUUUGUGUAUAGAACUGAAAAUAAUGAAUUCCCUGCUAUCCGGACAUCUCCGAUGUGUUUUCGAAGGCUUCCCUGUUCCUGCAUUUAUUUAUGUGAUUUUGAGCUAUCACGCUUCAUCAUACUAAUGUAUGCACAGAGUUGUGUUUUAAAAAUGAGAAACGUAUUAGUUCGCUCAUCCUGUGUAUGUUUAUUAGCCUGUUGUUGAACGUGUUUGGCCUCUUGGUGUAUUUUUUUGAUUAUUAUAGGCUGAUGCAUGCUUGAGAUUUGAUUGGAUUUUCUGAUUGGGGUGCUUUGUGAGAGGUUCGCUCGAUGGACUGCGUUAUGAGUGCGUGACUCUCACAAGAACACGGAGGAAAGCGUGUGCGUGUGCAUGAGAGUUUGUAAGUAAUUGUGGCGCUCCGUACACGGUCGGCGAGGUUUUUUUGGCGAAUCUCCGGUUAUGCACCGUUUUUCUCUGAGAGAAUCCCGCGAAAGCUUCUUUUUGUACAGUCUUGCGAUUUCCUGUUUUGCCAGUUGUGUGGAAUAUGGCUUUGUAUCUUUGCAGAUAAACAAUUCAGACCACCGUUUAGAGAAUCGUUGGUGUGCAUGGAGCCCUUGCCCGGCACCGAGUUUUACACAACUUUUAUACAAGGGUAAAAAAAAAAUAAUAAUAUAUGGUAAUUUUCUAAUGAAGUUGGGGUUUAAAAGAGAGCUUACACCCGGUCUAAAGACUUUACUCUUUUGUAUUUGUAUUGUGUAUAGUUUGCUAACAAUUGUGUAUAUGUGCCUGUACAUAUUGUGAAGAGGACUUGUUCUUUUUUUUGUUUUUGGAUUUUGUUUUUCAGCAGACUUACUCUCUCCAUUCAGGAGAAAUUGGGAGCCAAAAUGUUGAAAUGAGUGAAAUGGAAAUUUGUAUCUGGAAAAAAUAAAGCUAUAAUUUUAACAAUGAA